AUGUAUAGCAUAGCUUUUGUCACUGCAAAGAAAGCUUCAGACUGCUUCAUCAUCAUUGGAUCUCUAGCCACUUCAUCUGCCCUGUUCUCUUCGCUGCUCGAGUCUCACAGCAACUUUCACCAUCUGGCCAGGAUAGCUCAAGGUCACAGCUUGAAGCGAUGCAAGCGCGAGCAAGAAGGCAAUGCCAUGCAUGACUUCUGGAGUCCUGGACUAUUCAGAGGCUUGCUCAAGCUCAAGCUCAACUCCCUUGAUCUUACCGGCAAGGGAGCAGAUGGUCUGCCAGUCAUGAUUGCUCAGUUUCGGGAUGGUGCUGGGCCAAAUGCAGUGACAGCAGCACCGUAUAGUAGAAGGAUGUGGAGGGGCUCUCAUCUAUUGUGUCACCGCGGGGCUCCAGCAGAGUCAACAAUGCCUCAAUGUGCCCGUGGAAAGGCAGAGGUCACUGGGAAAAAUGUUGAGGGUUUCAUUCACAAGACUGUGCAUCAGACCAGGAUGAAUUCAAACAAAAUGGCAUCUUCGGCCUCUGAGAUGCACACUUCGGCUCUCAGCACUGCAGAGAUGGUCAUCAGAUCGAAGAGAAAAGGGGGGGUCAGGAAGGCGAAGAAUGGCACCAGAAUGGAGAAUGACGAGCCCAAAGACUUGGAGGAGCCAGAUCUGAACAGUGGGGAGCACAGUGAUGUCCAGCCAGCUGGUGAGCAUUAUCAGCAUGACAACGGCGAAGAGAUUGAGGUGGCGCAGAGCGGCAGUGGCAUCGACAACGAGCAACAUGUCGAUGAUGACGAGGAGCAACAUGUCGAGGACCAUGAGCCAGAGGUCAUCGAAGAUUAUGAAGAGCAGACUGUCGACGAAGAUGAGGCAAAGAUCGAUGAGUACCACCAGAUUGAGAAUGAUGAAGAGGUGGAUAUCAGCUUUGGAGCUGAUGUGACGGUGAACAACAAUGAGAGUGACCGUGACCAUCAACGCAAUAUCAACAACAAUGCUGAUGCAGCAAAUGGUGGCAGAAAUGCAAGUAAUAGCCAGAUUGAAGAGAAUGAUGAGGCGCAGAUGGGUGAUGGCUAUGGCAAAGGCAGAGAUGACUCAGGCAAUGUCACCGGCCAUAGCGAGGAUGAGGAUGAGGCACAGUGGUUGAUGAAUUGCAAGACAAAUGAAAAGCUACGCAAUGCGAGGACUAGGUCGAGAGCAUCCAACAUCUGUACUUCCACCAAGUGCCACCCUCACAUUUGUGCAGCUGAUCUCUUUGAUGACGAUAGCAGUGUGCUCGAUGGCAGAGCCCUGCACGAAAUGAAUGCACUCCGAGAAAAUGAUGAUAUUCUUGAGUCAGAUGCAUCUGGUAGCAACUUCAGCAAUGCAGCCAAGAAGCUUAACUGCCACACUUAUCGUGCAAGAAGGGACAUGAACGACCAGCUGGACAACCAAGAAAAUGAUCACGAACAUGAUGAUGAGUUCAUGCCCAAUGUCAUCUCCACUGUCUCUACAAGCCGUCACCAACCAUGUUAUGAGGCUCAAGACCCCAAGAGUCCCCCUCAUCUUACCGCAACUGAGAAGGGCAAGGCCCAAAGUCUAGCUGAAGGGAGCACAAAUGCUGACAGAGGGUGGUCAAAGAUGCUGGGCCCUUUCUCACAGGCUGCCAAGGACAAAGUGGCCAAGCUUGGAUGUGUAACGACCACGGAGGCUGAGCACAUCGCUCAGAAGUAUGGCAAGAACCUCACGAUGUACUGCUGCAUGCCGGGCUUGGCGUUAAAGUGUCGCGUGCAGCGAACACCUUCAACAAGUACCAGCAGUGGUUUGUCUACAAUCACGAGAGACCCGAUAGCACUGACAGCAUUCAUAGUGACUAAGAAGGACUGGAGCCAGAAGGCUCUGGAAGCAUACAAUGAGUUCAUGGCAAAGCUCCCUGCCGAUGACGAAGAAGCACGCAAUCUGGUGUUCAAGCUGAUACUCGAUUUUUGUAAUGCUCUGGAGAAGAAUCCCGGACUGAAAAUGCACACAAAGUCAGCUCACACAAGGAUGAUGGCUGCCUAUGCCCAAUUCACCACACUGGCUGCCUCCUAUUACAACCUAGAGGACAUGGAGGUCUUCGGCGUGAUCAUCCACAAAGGAACUGAUGCUGUCACAAAAGAACUAUCUGUCAUCUUCGAUGGGUCUGACACCAUCAAGUCCUUAAUUGAGCUCAAUCAAGUCAAUGUGCAGCAAGUGCUCAACAACUUCAGCGCAUGCAUAUGUGUGACUGAACUUGCUGAGAACGGGUUUAUCUUGCCCACCAUUGGUGGAUACAAAGUCAGCUCUAGACACAAGGUGCAGGACAAAGAUGAAGAUGAUGAAGACAGCAGCGAAGAUGAUGGCGAAGAUGGCGAAGGCGAUGAUGGUGCAAACGAAAGGCUCUUCUGCAAGUUGUGGGUUGCAUGGAAGAAUUGGUGCAACCUGGCUUACUGCCACAAGAUAUGGAUCAUGGACUGGCUGGAAGAUGUCAAGUUGUACCCCGGAGAUGCAGGUUUUGCAGUCAAUAAGCUGAAACCAAAUCAGCUUGACCUGCUAGUCGAUGGGUACGAGGAGUGGAAGGCCAGUGGAUCUCAAGGAGAGCUAACAUCAGUAGCAGAUGACAUCCAGCUGCCCGAUGAUGAUCCAGCAAAGGGGAGAAUUGGGCUGGUGGUCAAUACAGCUGGCAAGAACUGCAAACUCCUCAUGGACUCGAGGAGUUGGAUCAAGCACCUCAGCAAAGCUGAGAAGAGGUCAAAGCGGAAGCCAAGAUCAGCGCAACUCAUGAGAGCUGCCUCAGUGUUAUCUGAGCAGGAGGUUGAGGAGGUCGAGGAAGAUGAAACGCCACCGAUGCUACCUCAGAAUGAGCCACGCGCACUCAAAAGGCAUAGAGAGCAAGUUUCUGAUAACGAAGAUGACUCAAACGACGUAGAUGAACAAUCAGACAUUUCCGCCGCUGCUAUGGGUCAUGCUGGUAGCAAACCUCAUUCUCACAAUGAUGUCAGCAAGAAUGCUAAGGUGGGAUAUCAGUACCGUGAAGAUCACGAUGGAAGCAGGAAGGCUCAUCGCCCUUGCGUUGAUGCUAUUGGAGGUCCUGCUAUACAACGUCCUACCCAGUGCAAUGUCACUGUCCUUGCACUGUCUCGACCUGCACUGUCUCCUCCAUCUCAUCUGACUCGACCUGCACCAUCUCAUUCAACUCGACCUGGGCUGUCUCAUCCAACUUGA